UUGACAUAUUUUUCAAAAUAUAACCGCAUAGUUAGACUUGUGGCUUGGAUAUUACGUAUGAAUUGUAAAAUAAAAAUAAAGUUUGACAUAAAGGAGUCAGACAUAACAAAUGAUGAAUAUAUCAAUGCAGAAAAGACACUAAUUAAAUUAUUACAGAAAGAGAAUUUUACAGAAGGGUUUUCGUUACAUAAUAUAAAUACAGAAAUAGAUGCCGAUGGGGUGAUAAGAGUAAAAACACGUUUAGAUUUGAGUAAAGAAGACAAGAAUUUUGUAAGGCCAAUACUUCUACCAGGAAAAAACGAAAUCGUACAGCGGUUAGUGCGACAGAGACAUGAAAAGUUAAAUCAUGGAGGAACUCAGCUCUUACUAUCCAACCUCAGAAACAAUUUAUGGAUUUUAAACCUAAGACGUCUUGUUAAAAGCGUUGUUUCUAAAUGUGUUAUAUGUAAGAGAUACAAGACAAAACAUUACGAGGUUCCUGAAGCACCAUUGCCAUCAAACAGAGUUGAGGCAAAUGCAGCAUUCCAGAUAACUGGUAUAGAUUUAGCGGGACCUCUACAUCUCCGUGACCAAAGCAAAUGUUGGAUAGUAUUAUUUACUUGUGCUACAUAUAGAGCAGUUCACCUAGAGCUUGUGGAAUCUUUAUCCACAAAUAGUUUCUUGAUGGCCUUACGUCGUUUCAUAGCUCGAAGGGGCCGCAUAAACAUUAUAUAUACUGAUUGUGGUACGAAUUUUCAAGGUUCAGCCAAUUUAUUAAAAGAGGUUGAUUGGGCAAAAGUCGAAGCAGCAACUAGCAUAGUUCCACCAGCUAUCAAGUGGCGUUUUGUACCUCCACGUGCGCCCUGGUGGGGAGGAUGGUGGGAGCGCCUUAUAAAGGUAGUAAAGGAAAUGUUAAGAAGAAUCUUGGGAAAACAAUCCUUAACUUUGAUUGAAUUAUCAACAAUAAUUUGUGACUGCGAAGCAAUCAUUAACAGCCGACCAUUGACAUACGUAGCAACAGCUGAUGACUCUCUUAAACCACUUACUCCAAUGAUGUUUCUACAUCCCUUAGAUAAUAGUGAGAUACCUGAUUUAGAUCUGAUUGAUGCAAAAAACAUAAAUAUUCGUUUACAAUAUCUAAACAAAUUACGUGCAGAUUUUCGACAACGUUUUAGAAACGAAUAUAUUGCUAUAAUUUGUAGUAAAGAUAGAUGUAAACAAAAUUUGCCGAAAUUAAACGAUAUUGUUCUUAUUGAAACUGACACUAGUCGGCUAUAUUGGCCAUUAGGUAUUAUAAAGGAGUUAAUUAUAGGUGCUGAUGGUAAUUGUAGAGUUGCAAAAGUACAAACAGCUACCGGUGAAUUGGUUAGAGCUGUACAAGGUCUUUACCCACUGGAAUUAACAACAGUUAAAAACGAAUGGCACAGGGCCAGUCCAUCUACUAAUAGAAAUAAGACAGAGACUAACCCUAACAUUAAGGAUUAUAGUUCCCAGGCGACUUUGAAUUCGGACAUAAUAUCAUCUGAUUUACCUCAAACAUCUUCUAUUAGUACUAGACAUGGUAGAGUAAUUAAUGUUCCAAGAUUAGAUUCUUAG